UAUGUUUCUUCAUAUCUUAGUGACAAAUUUGACACAUCUACAAAUGAAGUUAUGGAAACUUUUAAUAUAUAUCUUAUAAAAUUUUCAAAUAGUUCUUUGAUUGAAACUACAAAUAAUAAAGAUAUAGAAUUAGAUAAUUCAGAAGCAAAUGAAGCAAUAAACUUGAGAGUGUUAGUAUUAGAUGAUAAACAGGAUCUUAAGAUUCGUAUCUGUUGUGAGAUUUAG